CAUUUGUUCUUCGCAGAGAGGUCGCCUAUAUCGUUUUCAUCUCGUGUUUAUGGUACAUUCCAAUUUCAUCGUUAGUUCCAUUUCAUUAUCAAAUGGUACAUUAUGUAGUAAUUGUCCAUCGUUACAAGCGCGUAUACGUUAUAGAUUUUAUUGUCGCAUGUAAUCUAAUUAAUUAAUACUAUUUCUUUACUAACUGUAACAAUUUAUUCCUGCUAACGUUGAUAUGGCGCCGUCACCGGCGCCGCCAUAAUCAUUUAUUUCCGAGAUACACUGGAAACCCACUGAAUAAAUCCAACGAGUUGUUUGUGAGGAAAAACAAUAAGAAAAUUUUAUACGCUUCUGAAGAUUCGAGUAUAUUACAAAAAUGCCGAAAACUCGAUUAAUCACACGUUCCGUGACGAAUACCCGACCGUCUCACAUGACUUUAAACUUGGAGUGUACAGAAGAACCGCUCAGUGAAGCGCAAUUAAUGUUACGAUUAGAAUUGAAAGAGAAUUAUGAUAGGGUUGUUGCUACUUUGGAUGAAUUGGUUAAAGACCACGGGGGAAAGCUGAUAUGUCAGGCAGGCAAUGUUAAUGGUUAUCAGUACACCUUACCUCCGAAUCCAACGCCGACAGUGGUUAAAAAUAAUCCCCAACCCAUCGUCAAUGUACAUUUACAGAAUCAAAAUAAGAAUCAACCGCCCAUUAAACUCAAUGUACUGAAUAAUGCAAAUGGUUCUCAGAGUAAUAUACAAUUGGUCGUGGAUUCGCGAAUGGGAGUUAUACUUGGGUCUGUAGCACAACCUCAAGUAACUUCAAUGACCACUGCCCCAUCGGUUUCAAUAUCUGCUCCUCCACCGACACCCGCGUCGACAUCCACGUCUAUGGCAACAGCAAUGCCUACAAUUACUCAUUCUCAGACGGAAAAUUAUAAAUACACUCGAUCCGGACGCAGAACAAAGGUUCUUCAAGCGCAACAACCUGACAUAAUAGAGGAACCUGUAUUAGUUACUCGCGGCAGACAAAAAGUUGGAUGUCCCACGCACGUUGUUACACCAACCACUACCAGUCCACAGGGUGUUACAAAUCUCCGAAUAAAAACUGUAAGCAAACAACAAAUUACUCCAGUUACAGCAUCAACCGUGGCCACCAUAAGUGCAAAUACAGGGACGACAGCGAGAUUGUCCAUGACGAAACCGACUGAACAUACGAGCAUUGGUGGAAUAUCAGUUGGCAAUAAAAAUGCAGCUUGUGAACAAAUCGAUGAAUCAAAGAAGAAUCUUCCAGACGGUAGGGAAGUAACUUUCAACAAAAUGAAUGGAGGUAGAACGUUUCCUUCGUUGGUUGUCGUAGCCAGACCUAAUCUUUGCACAAAGGAUAUUACAGCACAGAUAGCUCAAAAAGAAAGGUCGGAGUUAGAUAACAAAGUCAAGAGUGUACUCAUGUUUUCUGCCACAAAGUUUGCUGAAUGGCUGAUCCAACAAGGUUUGGUAAAAUCGGAGCAAUACUGUGCUCAGCAUAGCAGUAGUUAUCAAAAAACCAAGUUGAAAUUAGGAAUGUACAGCGAUCAAGGUACAUUUCCGUACUCGGGAGGAUACGUAUGGAUCUCGAGUUGCUGUCCCGAUCGUUACGUAUCGGUUUUCUCUGGUUCGAUUUUUCAAGGUGCACCGUACACACCUACGGUUCUUUUGAAGCUAAUUUAUCACUGGGCCUGUCAAACGAACGUUCAAAAUGUUGUUUCAUGGGUUAAAGUGACCAAUGUGUAUGUAAAAAAUUUCUACACGCAUCUGCGUAGCAUUUGUACAGCUGCAGUGUGGGAUAAAACUCGUAAGAUGGGGGGCAAAUGUUCGGUGAUACAGGUCGGUGUGAUCAGUUUGGGUACAACGUCGCAAGAUGGAAACUUGCGCCAAGUUAAAGUCGAAGUACUUGGCGUCUUGGAUUACGCUACCCUGGAUUUAAGAUUGCGGGCUUGCGAUCCUGUACAAGAUGGCGAUAGAUCGUAUAAAAGACGGUUUAAUAAUAUUUUACAUCCAUUGAAAGAGUGGGUGCACACAGACUCUAAGAUCAUGACCGAUUUCACCGUUGACAAAAGUACACUCGAAGAAAUGGGUUUCAAUUACGUGACGCAGUCCGCAUUUUCCGAACAAGGUCCUCUAAAUAUUCUGAGUAAUUAUCAUAUUAUGGAGUAUUUGAGGAAAAUUGUUCCAAGGAUGUUUCAAAAUACCCUCAGUUUGCUUAGCAGACAAAUGAUACAACAAUUCUUGGACGAGUUGGUAUGGAGAGAAAUGUAUGGUUUGACCGCUGCUCGAGCAUUCGACAAUAUCAUCGCGCAUAUCGCAGAGCAAACAAGGAUUGAUUGCAACGAAAGUCUGUUGGAUCGUUUAGCUAAAAUAGCUGCUAAUCCCUUUCAGAAUUGGUCCUAUUCGAAUGCGAAUCCACCACCCUUGACGCCUCUCGCGACCAUGAACAAGGAUGAAAUUCCAGCGGGAUGCGAUAUAUUGGUACAGUCGAAUACCGUAGCGAGUAACAACGCGAAUCAACAGCCACAGUCACAGCAAUCGCAGCAGCAACAGUCGGAAACGUUGCCUUCUUUUGGCCAAACGACCAGGCCCUUACCGAAAAGGGGACGUAAAAGGAACGUUGCGAUAGCGAUGGCCACCACACCGAGUAGUCCUGAACCAGAUGCUAAGAAACCUAUGCUCGAUCCGAAAGUGUCUACCAGCAAGGAUAAAGAGAAAGAGAAGGAGAAGGAGAAGGAGAAGGAGAAGGAGGGUGGUGGGAAAGGUGAUCAGAUACAAUUACAAGAAUUUUACUAUGCCACCAUGGAAGGUGAUAAGAGUCUCUUGUUAAAGGAACACAAGUGCUCGUUGUAUUUCAAGUGUUUUUUGUGCUCGACGACCAUGCGUACCAACACAGACGUAAUGGAGCACACGAUUAGCCACGUUCCACCUCAAGUGCCCGGCCAAUCCAAUUCACCGGUAUGUAGGUACUGUUGUACAGCCUUUUCGUCUCAGCAUCAAAUGGUUACCCAUGUAACGGAAGCGCACAGUAACUUUGGUCACUCGGACAGCGACAUGGUUGUUUGCGCCAUUUGCGAACAGAAAUUUGGGAACGGCGGGCUUUUGGUCAAUCACCUGUCAUCGAUGCAUUUCCCCUCGGAAAUGCCGUAUCAAUGCGAGAGCUGUGGUUACCGAACUUCCAGUCACAAGGACGCCAUCGAUCACUUUUAUCGCGUUCACGAGAGAGGCGAAGGUUUGCAAUGUCCUUAUUGUCUAAAAGUGAUACAGUUUGUGAGCGAGGGUAGUCCUACCGUUACCAGCGUUCAUGCUUUUCUAUUGCACAUGCAAAGACACGUGAUCAGGAGAGAACAGGGCCGAGGAAACAAGUGUCCCAGAUGUUGUCUCUGGUUCAAUCAAAAAAGUUCGUUGAAAGUUCAUCAGAGACAAUUGCACGACUGUGUUUCCGGCUCCAAAGUUGUUCCAUAUUCUAGUGGUAGUAAUAGUAGUAUACUGAUACCGAAACAACGACUGCAGAACAGACGAUUCGAGAUCGAUAGCCCAGUAACAGAAUUACCGCAGGACGAAAAACUCAAGAAAUGGGUGACAGGUCCGAUCGUAGUAAACGUUCCAGUCGAACAUUUGUCUUGCGAAGAGUGCGAAGAGGAUAUAGACGAACAGGAUCACUUUCCCGGUGAACAGAGAUGCCAACAAUGUCGUUAUAUAACUUGUUGUUGGCGUGCGUUCAAAGAACACCAACAGCAAAUCCAUAACGAACGCCCGAUGACCAGCCUCGUGGUCCCUUCUCCUCUCAUUAAUGUUCCGUUGGACAAACGGAUGCAGUGUACAUGCGGUUACGCGACCACCGAUGGAAAUCAGUUGGCUACACACUUGGUCAAAUGUAAAAAAGUAUCUGCCUAUCCAAUCGAAGAUCCGGCACCGUCUGGGAUGUUGGAUAGUUUGGGUUUGGUUCCAAAAGCUGUUUCCGAGGAAACGACCUCUGACGGAAAACGGACUAAUUUACGUUAAAGUUAACGUACGAUACAUUUCGUAAGAUAACAAAGUGCUGGAGAACACGUGUUGGCGAAAUACAGUUUCAAGAUGCGAUGAUCUGUGUUUUUCAUUCGAUCCAUAAUCUCUGUAAAAAGAAAAGCAUCGUAGGAUACGAUAACGACUCAUUCAAACACAUAUUUAGUUUUAUCGUACGAUGUUCGUUGGAAUGCCUCGAGUUAUCGAAUAAAAUGAAAUAAUAAACGCGUAUCUUUCGCAUGUUCAUCUCCUGUUUUACGAGGGUACAAUUGUAACAUAAUAUACCAUACUAUAAUUAUACCUGUAUUGGUCGAUUCGUUUCGCUACUUUCGAUUUCUUCUGUCUCUUCCUCCCAAUGAAUGUACACAUUGAAAUAGAAUCGCACGAGAGGCGAUGCAUUCUAUUUCUCUGGCACAUUGAAACAUGCUGAAUCUAUUUGUCUCGCAACAAGAAUUGUUUCAUGUGAUUCGUUCUGUCUUGUGUACCCUUCAUAUUAAAAUAUUUUUAAUCGCUGAUUUCUAUGUUUAUGUGAUACAAUAAACAGAUAAAUGAGAUUACACGGUACGAUGUUCGCUAGGCAACGAGAGCAUUCGACUUGUUCCCCACCCAUACACAUCGAAGGCGACAGAAAGCUGGGGGCAGGUGGCAGUGGGUGGGAGAGAGAGUUAGAGAGAAAGGGAUUAAUUUUCUUAACGUUUA